AUGGCAGUCAACCCGAACAUCAUCAGCACCACGGGCCUGAAUUUCGAUGGCCUGGUCUUCGCUACAGCGAUGUCGAGCUGCAUUGCUACGCUGAUCAUGGCGCUUUGGGCGAACUUGCCAUUUGGCCUAUGGCCCGGCAUGGGUAUGAAUGCCUAUUUCGCCUACACCAUUGUGGGCUUCAAGGGUACACAGAAUGCCGUGAAGAAGGUGAUGAUGGCUGUCACCGUGGAGGGUGUGAUCUUCAUCAUCAUGUCUGCUCUCGACCUUCGGCGCUAUGUCUUCAAGGUCUUCCCUACGUGGAUGAUGAAGGCCACCAUGGCUGGGAUCGGCUUGUUCUUGGCCCAUAUCGGGCUGCAAGCGGGAAACGGCAUCGACAUCGUCAGAGACCAUCCAGCAGUGCUUGUGGACCUUGUGACCCUCACUGGCGAGCACUUCGCGCGCACCUGGAUUGGAAUCGCCUUCUUUUGCGUCAUGAGCCUCUUGAUCCUCUUGCGCGUCAAAGGAGCUGUCAUGAUCAGCAUCCUUCUUAGCGCCAUUCUCUGCUGGAUCCUUUCAGCUACCGGAGAGCAGUUCACAUACAAGCCCAUGUGCUGCCUUGGCAGUGUCACCUUUCCCGAUCCAGCCGCCGGGGGUGUAGAGUGGUAUCCGAAGCCGGGAGGUGGCUUCUACCCCAAGCCCACGUGUGUAAAUCCAUACACCGUGCCCGGUAAGGGGAAAAUGACAAGCACAGAUUCUGGACCCUCUUUCAGCUGGGAAUCUUCCGCAUCUGUCUCGUAUGCGAACGGAGCCUACCUAAUCACGAACGGCGGUUCCACGGUAAACCACACUGGCAGCAUCUACUUCGAGGGCAUCGCAGCAGGCCGCGACUCCUCCUUCAAUGGUGGCUGCACCGACACCUGCCAUGCCAUGAUGGGGGGCUUCAAUCCUGCGUGCUUCGGCACGGUGCUGGUGGAUACGGGUUGCUGGACCGGCAUGGACUUUCAAAGCCGAGCAACUCAGCAGCUGGUGGUCGAUCAGUUUGGCGAGGGCUGCCUUGGAGGAGCUGGCCGCAUCCCGAAGACCUUCAACCCGCCCAACGCCUUUGCCUCGGUUCCUCUCGUGGACGUAGCCGGACCGCUGGUGGCUCCAUUUUCCGGAUGGGGUGGCUGUGAUGCCAAUGGCAACAACUGCGUUAACGGCGAUGUCUCCGGUGGCACUAUUCUUGCAUGGGACACCUCUGGAUUCGGCGACUGGCAAGGCUUCUGGAAUCCGCUGCUCACGCUCCUCUACAUCGACUUCAUCGGCACGAUGGGCUUCUUGUAUGCAGCAGCAGACCUCAGCGGCCUCGUCGAUCCCGAGAAGCCAGAAACCUUCCCCGGUUGCUAUGCCGCCUUCAUGGCAGAUGCAGUUGGUACCUUUGUAGGAGGCUUCCUGGGCACGAGCUCCGUUACCACCUAUGGUGAAUCCAUGGCUGGAGUGUAUGAGGGAGGCCGUACUGGUCUCACCGCACUCGUGAUCGCUUUCCUUAACUUCAUUUGCAUCUUCAUGACGCCCUUGCUCUCCUCGAUUCCGACGCUUUCCACCGGGCCUGCAUUGGUCAUGGUGGGCGUCUUCAUGAUCGAGGGUGUGAAGGACAUUGAAUGGACUGACUACAUGCAGGCCAUCCCCUCCACGAUUUGCAUCCUUCUGCAGAUCACCACCUACAAGAUCGAGGUUGGCGUCCUGGGUGCUUUGUUGGUGUGGACCUUCCUCAUGAUCUUCUCCGGACGCAUCUUCCUGUAUAUUCCUGGAGACUGGGGUCUAUAUAGCUGUAUUUUAUGCAUGUAUGUAUCUGUAUGCGGGUGUAGGGGUGUGCGUGUAUGCGCGGCUCAUGCUGUCGUGUCAACCUCACCCUGA